CGUUCGUCCUUCCGUAUAUCACUCUCUCUCUCUCUCUCUCUCUCUCGCGCUCGCUUGCUGCGUUGGCUGCGAGAAAAUAGCGUGGCCUCGUCUCGCCCGGGCUUAGGAUUCGAAGAAACCCUAAUUUGGCGGAGGGGCGGGGAUGAGAUCUCGAUGGUUCGGGAGCCAGAGCCCUCUCUUGAUCUCUUCCCGGGCUCGUGGACGAAGCCUCCUUGGCAGAAUUUCUGGAUUGUUUUUGGGUAAUUAGUUUUGAUUUAAGGGAGCCAUGGAUUCUGCCGAGGUUGAAGAGAACCUGUUCGCACCUGGUGAUGCAAAGUUGCAUGGAGGCAUGUGUAAACAACUUUCUGCAAUUGUUUAUAAAGCUUUGGGGAUCUUUCCAGUCUUGGAGGAUGCAAGACCUAGAAGCAAGUCUGGUUUGCAGGCACUAUGUUCAUUGCAUGUAGCUCUCAACAAGGCCAAGAGCCUUCUUCUGCAUUGUUCAGAAUGCAGCAAGCUUUACUUGGCUAUAACUGGGGAUUCCAUUCUUAUGAAAUUUGGGAAGGCAAGAUGUGCUCUUCAAGAAGCUCUUCGGCGUGUUGAGGACAUAGUUCCGCAAGCCAUUGGUUGUCAGAUCAUGGAGAUUGUUGCUCAGCUGGAAGGCACUGUUUUUACUUUGGAUCCAUCAGAAAAGCAAGCAGGUGAGCAGGUGAUUGCGUUGCUUCAAAAGGAGAAAAGAUUUAAUGGUAAUUCCAAUGAUGGCAUGGAACUUGAAGUUUUCCACCAAGCUGCUUUAAAGCUUGGCAUUACAUCUUCUAGAGCAGCUCUUACUGAGAGAAGAGCCCUCAAGAAGCUGACUGAAAGAGCCCGUGCUGAGGAAGACAAUAAAAAGGAAUCCAUUGUGGCUUACUUAUUGCAUCUCAUGAGAAAAUACUCCAAGCUUUUCAGAAGUGAGACACCAGAUGAUACUGACUCUCAAGGAUCUGCUCCAUGUUCACCUACUGGCGUAGGCUCUGUUGAGGUUGUCAAUAGGAACAACCAAGCUUUUGAGAGGCAGCUAACAAAGCUUAGUUCUUUCAAUUUUAAGCAGAAUGGAGUGAAAUCAGGAAACAUGCCAAUACCCCCUGAGGAGUUCAGAUGCCCAAUCUCCUUACAGCUCAUGUAUGAUCCUGUCAUUAUUUCAUCUGGGCAGACAUAUGAGCGUGUGUGCAUUGAGAAAUGGUUUGGCGAUGGGCAUAGUACUUGCCCCAAAACACAACAGCAGCUCUCCCACCUCUGUUUAACUCCAAAUUAUUGUGUCAAAGGCCUGAUUGCUGGUUGGUGCGAACAGAAUGGUGUUCCAAUUCCAGAUGCCCCCCCAGAAUCUCUCGAUCUGAAUUAUUGGAGACUAGCUUUAUCAGAGCAAGAUGCUACAGAUUCCAGAUCUACAGGAACCAUCGACUCCUGCCAGAUGAAGGGUGUCAAGGUGGUUCCCUUGGAGGAGAAUGCUGCAAUAGAGGAUCUCAGUGUGGAUGAGAGUGUCAGUUUGGAAAAUGGCCCAUGUGAGGACCGUGAAGUGGAUGAGCUUGAAAGAUAUGAAAGCUUGCUAGGAGUGCUUAAUGAGCGUAAUGAUAUUGGGAAACAACAGAAUGCUGUGGAGCAGGUUAGGUUCCUAUUGAAGGACGAUGAGGAGGCAAGGAUCUAUAUGGGUACAAAUGGGUUUGUUGAGGCACUAGUCCGAUUUUUGAACUCAGCUGUCUGCGAAGGAGAUGAGAAAGCUCAGGAGGUUGGAGCAUUGGCACUUUUCAACCUUGGUGUUAACAAUAACAGGAACAAAAAAAUGUUGCUUAAUGCUGGAAUAUUACCCUUGCUUGAGGAGAUGAUACAAAACUCUGAGACCUGCGAGGCAGCCAUUGCUCUCUACCUCAAUCUCUCCUGCCUUGAUGAGGCCAAACCUGUCAUUGGGUCAAGCAAAGCUGUCCCUUUUCUGAUCCAGCUCCUCAAGGCCGAUAACUCUCGAAGUCACUCAUGCAAGCAUGAUGCCAUCUACACCCUAUUUAACUUGUCCACAUAUGCCCCAAACAUCACUUACCUCCUUUCCUCUGGCAUCAUUGAACAGCUCCAAUCGCUCCUUGCAGUUCCUGCAGGACCUCCAGGCUACACAUGGGGGGAGAAGGCCCUUGCUGUCUUCAUAAACCUAUCAUCAAACACUGCAGCAAAGAAACAUAUAAUAUCGACCGCAGGCUUGAUUGGGGCGAUCGCUGCGGUCUUGGAGAAUGGUGAGCCCAUUGAGCAAGAGCAGGCAGUGUCGUGCCUCCUAAUUCUGUGCUGCGACGAUGAGAAAUGUAGCCACCUGGUGUUGCAAGAGGGAAUAAUACCGGCUUUGGUGUUGGUGACUGCAAAUGGAACGCCAAGGGGGAGGGAGAAGGCACAGAGGCUUCUGAAGCUGUUCAGGGAGCAGCGGCAGCGCGAGAUGUCCCCUGUGCGGACUCAGCCGCAAGAGGUGCAUUCGGCAGUGACCAUUGGUGAUGGUGGGGGUGAGGAUGCAUAUGAACCAACAUCAUUGUCUAAAUCGAGAUCCAAGAGGCUUGGGAGGGCAUUCACAUCAAUGGCAUCAAUAUGGAAGUACAAGAAUCGUUCUAGGCAUCAAUACUAGAAUGUGUCUCAAUGCCUAUGUAAAUUGUUCUCGUAAUUUUAAUCUGUUUCUUUUACUCUGAAAGUAACCCUCCUGUGGCAUUUUCCUUUUGCCUUGGAGGAGAACGACUCAGAGAUGUACAGGCCUCCCAAAAUGGAGUUUCUCCUGAUUCCUUAAUUGUCUCUAAAUUGUUCAUUAGCUUGCUUAAGACCAGG